GACACUUCUUCAGAUUUCAGAUGAACAACCAGAAAACGUGUAACCAAUUUUGAUACUGACACAUUACAACUUGUUAACUACUUAAUGCACAUGUCUGUUCAAAAGGGUCUCAAAAUCACCUAAACGACAUGGUUUCUACUCUGUCUCUCUCCAUUUUUAACCCAUCUCAACCUCCCCCUGAUUCUUCUCAUUUCUGUCCAUAAAACUCUACAUUCUUGUUUAUCCGACUGUUGCAUUACAAUGAAAACAUACAUUCUCUGCCAUAUGUUUGACCCUUAUCUUAGAAAUCCCUCCUUUGUGUUUCUCUACAUUCUGUUGAUCCAAAUCCAGUUCCAGCUCAGCUUUUCUUCACAGGAUAUGCUUAUAUUAUCCUUAAAAACUCAACUAAUCCCAUCUGGCUCUGUUCCGAGAUCACCAAACAAGCUCCCAUUUCAUCACAACGUGAGCCUCACUGUCUCUUUGACUGUUGGUACACCUCCACAGAAUGUCUCCAUGGUUUUAGACACUGGAAGUGAACUCUCCUGGCUUAACUGCAACAAAACCCGAUAUAAUUACCCGAAUUCCUUUGAUCCGAACCGUUCAUCCUCUUACAACCCCGUUCCUUGCUCUUCACCCACCUGCACCAACGGUACCCAAGACUUCAACAUUCCGGCUUCUUGUGACGUAAACAACCUCUGCCACGCCACUCUUUCAUAUGCGGAUGCUUCUUCCUCUGAAGGAAAUCUCGCCUCCGAAAAUUUCUUUAUCGGGUCAUCCGAGCUUCCGGGUCUCGUUUUCGGGUGCAUGGACUCGACUUUCAGCUCCAACCCAGGGGAAGACUCUAAAACCACUGGGUUAAUGGGUAUGAACCGUGGGUCUUUAUCUUUUAUAUCUCAAAUGGGUUUUCCGAAAUUCUCGUAUUGCAUAUCUGGUAUUGAUUUUUCGGGUCUUUUGCUACUCGGUGAUGCCAAUCUUACGUGGCUUGCACCGUUAAAUUACACACCGUUAAUCCAAAUAUCAACUCCGUUACCGUAUUUUGAUAGAGUUGCCUACACGGUUCAGCUCGAAGGAAUCCGAGUUUCGGAUAAGUUGCUCCCAUUACCGAAAUCCGUUUUUGAACCGGACCAUACCGGGGCCGGUCAAACCAUGGUUGAUUCGGGUACCCAGUUCACUUUUUUACUCGGACCCGCUUACAGUGCAUUGAAAACCGAGUUCUUGAACCAAACCACAAACAUUUUAAAGGUUUUAGAGGAUCAAAGUUUCGCAUUUCAAGGAGCAAUGGAUUUGUGCUACCGAGUUCCACUGAAUCAAUCCACUCUACCCGAAUUACCAAGUGUGAGUAUGGUGUUUCGGGGCGCCGAAAUGACGGUAACGAGUGAGCGGCUCCUGUAUCGGGUACCGGGUGAAGUAAGGGGAAGUGAUGGGGUGCAUUGUCUGACGUUUGGGAAUUCAGAUUUAUUAGGUGUGGAGGCGUACGUAAUCGGUCAUCAUCAUCAACAAAACGUAUGGAUGGAAUUUGAUCUUGAGAAUUCAAGGAUCGGUCUGGCCCCAGUACAGUGUGAUCUGGCUGGUCAGAGAUUUGGUGUUGCCUCAUAGAGUAGGUUCCACACAGAUUUUAUUAAUGGCGCUUUAAUUAUUGACACGUGGAUUUGUACUAUUUGGUAUUUUUUUUUUUUUUUAGCCCGAUUUUAUU